CAAAAAUGUAAUAUCAGUCGUAGCAGUCUUUAUAUAUAGUGAUAACAUAAAACCCUAAUUUCAGUCUUUGCCGUUUUUCCUCUCUCCGCCGUCUGCCCCCAGAGAUCGACAGACAACGAUGGCACCCAAAAAGGGAGUGAAAGUGGCUACCAAGAAGAAGCCGGAGAAAGUUACGAAUCCAUUGUUUGAGAGAAGGCCCAAGCAAUUCGGUAUCGGCGGAGCUUUGCCUCCUAAGAAGGAUUUGACUCGCUACAUUAAAUGGCCAAAAGCAAUCCGCCUCCAGAGACAGAAGCGUAUCCUUAAGCAGAGGUUGAAGGUGCCACCAGCUCUCAACCAGUUCACCAAGACUCUUGACAAGAAUCUUGCAACAAGCCUCUUCAAGAUCCUUUUGAAGUAUAGGCCAGAGGACAAAGCCGCAAAGAAAGAUCGCCUUUUGAAGAAGGCCCAAGCCGAGGCUGAGGGAAAGACUUCUGAAUCCAAGAAGCCCAUUGUUGUCAAGUAUGGACUCAACCACGUGACCUACCUCAUUGAGCAGAACAAGGCACAACUUGUGGUCAUUGCACACGAUGUUGACCCGAUCGAGUUGGUGGUCUGGUUACCUGCACUCUGUAGGAAAAUGGAAGUCCCUUACUGCAUUGUAAAGGGAAAAUCUCGUCUUGGAACGGUCGUUAACCAGAAGACUGCUGCUUGCUUGUGCUUGACCACUGUCAAGAACGAAGACAAGCUCGAGUUCAGCAAAAUCCUUGAAGCCAUCAAGGCGAACUUCAACGAUAAGUACGACGAGUACAGGAAGAAAUGGGGAGGAGGCAUAAUGGGAUCCAAGUCUCAAGCCAAGACCAAAGCUAAGGAAAGGGUUCUUGCUAAGGAGGCUGCCCAGAGAAUGACCUAAGCUGUCUCUUUAUUUUUGCUUCUCGUUAUCAUGGUUUUGUCUAGCAAUUUCUUGGAAUAUUUUAAUUUUUAUAUGCUUUUAACGAUGUUUGCACACUCGAGGAUUUCUAUGCAAGUUUGUUAUCCAUUUUGCUUUCGAAA